UUUCAUAUAUAUUUUCUAUUUUAAUUAAAAUAUUUUCAGACAGUUUAGUUUAAUAUGGCUUUGGCAGACUUUUGUGGUUACAAACCCGCUAGGCGAGGUUUGGAUAUGGAUGAUUUCUGUAUGGAAACUACUAAUAUUGAAGCAAACUCUCAGCUCAUGCUUCCACCAUUCUCACAGCCUGGGUUUAACCUUGGACGUGUGCUAGUGGAUGACCAGGGUAAGGAUAUCCCAAUGAACUUUGAUCAUGGAACUACUACUCUAGGAUUCAAGUACCAGGGCGGAGUACUUCUAGCUGUGGACUCCAGGGCUACCGGAGGAAUGUAUAUUGGAUCUGGGAGUGUAAAGAAGAUCAUCGAGAUCAACAAGUUUCUACUGGGUACUAUGGCUGGAGGAGCAGCAGAUUGUGUAUACUGGGAGAGGGUUCUCAGUAAACAAUGCAGACUCUAUGAACUCCGGAACCGGGAAAGGAUCAGUGUAGCUGCUGCUAGUAAACUGUUGUCUAAUAACGCCUACAACUACAAGGGUAUGGGGCUGAGUAUGGGAGUAAUGAUUGCUGGAUACGAUAAACGGGGACCUGGUCUUUACUACGUUGAUAGUGACGGUGAGAGGAUCAAUGGCGAGGUGUUCAGUGUUGGGUCAGGUUCUAUCUAUGCCUACGGAGUACUGGAUCAAGGAUACAGGUAUGACCUGACCGACGAGGAAGCAUAUGACCUGGGUAGACGAUCCAUCUACCACGCUACACACAGGGAUGGUGCUAGCGGGGGUAUUGUCAGGGUCUAUCAUAUGAAACCUACAGGAUUUGUUGUUAUCUCUGAAGAAGACUGUAAGGAUCUCCACUAUCAGUAUGCUGCUGAGAAGAAACAAUAAUUAAUUAUCAAUUAAUUCAUUAAUUCAUAAAUUGAUUAUCAAUCAGUUCUCCUCCAUGCAUCAAAUAUCUUUAAUGUGAUUAAUUUUCCAAUCUUCAAUUUUAAACCUGGUUUUGUGAGAAAUCAAAUGGAUUAAAUUUUUAAG